GUAAUAACCGUGUCUCUCCUCCUACCACUUUCUUUCUCCCUUCAAUUACCGUCAGGUAAACGCAUUCCUUGCGCUUUUUCACAAGUUGGACCUUUGCAAGUGUCCUGCCACUCGUUGAUCACGAACGACUCGUCUUCACCCCCGCUCUCUCCACAUCUGCACUCUUUUUCUCCUAUUUAGAUCAUAAUAUUCACCAUGAUCUCCACGUUUGCAACAGUCGUCCUGUCCCUCAUUGCUACGUCUGCAGUAUCUGCGCUCGCCGUUCCUCGCGCGACUGCCCCCCAAGGCUGGGACACCGCAGCUCUUGAGUCCUAUGACACCUAUCAUUGCAGGUAUAUCGCACUCCAGUGCCAAAACCAGCACAACACGCAAUUCUUUUCUGAUUGCUGCCACCCCCUUGCGGCUGGCGAGAGUGCUAGCGCUCUUCCCGCUCAGUGCCAGUUACCCUCUGGCUCCAGCUGCAGCAGUGGUGAACUUGUAUCGACUGCUUCUGCUUCUGCAUCCUUCACGAGCAGCACCACUGUGAACUUUACUCCUGCUCCCACUACGAGCAGUAGCUCAGCCCCCGUGAACGUUGCCCCUCCUCCGACUACAAAGCACACUUCCACGUACACUUCCUCUGCCUCGAACGUAGCAUCGACAACCGCGCCAUCGACUGGUUCUAGCGACGGCAGUCUCAACUAUGGCGGAUUUGCAACCUACUUCUACCAGAACGGCGUCGCAGGUGCAUGUGGAACAGUUCACUCUGAUUCUGACUUCAUCUGCGCUAUCGAUCAGACCCGUUAUGGCAACUCUGGCAAUACUUCCCCUCUUUGUGGCCAACAGGUCCGAAUUACAAACACUGACAACGGCAACACCGUUGUAGUAACCAUUGCUGAUGAUUGCCCGACUUGUGCAAAUGAAAACUCCAUCGACCUCUCGGUUGCUGCCUUUCAAGCUCUCGACAGCCUCUCCGUCGGCGAUAUUCCCAUUACAUGGAGUUUCACCUAAUUGUCCUUUAGCAAGCACUGGUUGCACCUUCCAUCAUCCACUGUUUUCAGUCCUUUCUUUGUCGCAUUGAUGCGUUUGUUUUGACGGGCUAGUCCCGUUGGAGCGCGGUAGCUGACUUGGCGUUCAGGAGACCAAUGACCCUGGUAGCUCUUGGUCUCCACGCCCACGAUCAAAUGCCCAUUCCCUCCACUGGCAACACAUGCUCAUUGUUCUUGUUUAUAUGGCUUUGCAAUCACUCGGAAUCACGCAUAUUCACGAAUUUCAUUUGUUAUCGAGUUUUUAUCAUAUUCAGGGCAUGCAAUAUGUUCCAUACAUUGUUGAUAGCUAGCUACAGUAGUGUUGGAUGUUUGGUCAUGUCAUAUUCACAUAGACAACGCAGCGCGCAAUGACAGAUAUUAAAUCAUU